AUCACAAGCUCACAAGUCUCGCUUCUUAUCCCGCCAAACAGGUGCUGAGCUCUGAUGAGUCGUCUCACACGACCAAAAGGUUCUUUCCAUCUCUCCUGUGCCACCAAACGUUGAUGAGAGGAGCCCACACCUAAGGAGGAGAGAAGUGCCGAUCUUUUGAAGAUGUCUGACCCACAGGGCCUGGCGCCGAUCCCUCAAUCAGCACUGCGAGACAACGAAGCCUUGCUGGAGUGGGCGGAACCUCUGCUCUUGCACGGCGUCCCUCAUUCUUUGCUCGCCCAAACAUGGUUCUACAUCGCUUUGAAAGCCGUCAUCAUCGUCGUUUCUGUCCUUCUCUUCGUCCGCCUCUUCAGGUCUGGACGCUUCUGGCUUUUCCGAGUCGUCCAGCUGCCUAACGGUCGGAUCAUCUGUCCUAACGCUGUCGAUUCACUCGUCUUCCUGGCUGCCAUCUUCUACGUACUUGAUGCUGUAUUUCGAGGACUGUCGACAAGGUGGCUGUUUCCGCCCUUCGACAAGGAGGUGAACAUAAUGGCCUUUGUCGCUCUUCGCCUCUAUCCACUCUGGCUAGCAGGCUUCACCCAUCUGAGUUCGCUUUGUCUAAUCUGGCCCUUUUCAACGGAGAGGUUGUCGCCUUUCUGGUGGCAUGUCUUCUUCUUUGGGCUACCACUCGCCUUCCUGAUUGCAUACUUUCCGCCUGCCAUCAUCAGCAAUUCUCACUACAACGCCGCCAUUGAUGGCUGGUAUCUGGUUCGAGGCAAGCUCAUAGCAAGUCCGUCGGCUCAAGUCACACAAGAGUCCAUUGAGGCCGCCACAGCCUUGCAUGUCAACAUCGUCCGCUCUUAUGAAGCAACAGCAAUCUGGGCUGGCGUUGGAUCGGGCUUCCUCGCAUUUCUCUUCCUCAUGAGUCUCGUUGUCGGCACGAAACUGCUUUGGAGAGCUAGCAGAGAGUUGCGUGCUCGUCGACAAGAAGCAAGAUCAUCCUUUCGGCGAAAAUCAUUUUCCUCCGUCGAGUUGCAAGCGCGGCCUCGCGAUGUAGCACCUUCGGAUCACACGCAACCAAACACCAAAGUCAACAUCAGCAAGGAGCGGAGGCGAAGGAGCAUCAACAAGUUCAAAACGAGCAGGGCGAGGCUCAUCCAGUACUUUGCUGGCAUACGUCCAUUGGUGGCAGAUGAGGAUGACGUGGACAGCGCCUCUCGCGGCACCAACGAGGGAAGCGAAGAGCAUCAGGAGACGAAUGCGUCUUCAUCGGAACAGCUUUCAGACGGGGCAAUUACCGAACUCCUUGCCAACUUCUUCCGCUUUACCUUGCUGCAGAUUGUAUGUCUCCUUUGCAUUGAGCUGGCUCUUCUUGUCGUCGUCAUAUACCUAUGUGCCACAGUUAUUGAAGCCGCCAAGACAAACAAACGCGAUGAGGAGUAUGGCAACGAACUAUCCAAGAUCGGCUAUAUUUAUCACACAGUGGAAAUCUGGGCCAUCAUUAUUUUCGGCUCGCCUUUGAUCGUAUCCAUGUUGUUUCGCUCAGCUUUUCCUUACAAGGUCGAUGCACCUUCCCGCUUCUCCAGUGGCCGAUCGAGCAGCAACAAUGCGCCUACCCUAGGUGUCCGGCUUCGAUACUACAACCGACAAAAACAGCAGCGUGACUGUGACGGUACCACUGUCAGCAGCGGGAGUCGGGAUCGGCGGGGGGACUCCGUUAACGAGCAAGAAGUGCUACAGGGAACCUCUGUAGACGAAAGCAACACGGCUACGAACAACUCUACAGACAUCGGCACUGCAGAUUCGUCCUCUCAACAGAUACAUCUGGGCCGGGGAGAGGCGUCCACAAAGCCCGCUGCACACGACGAAGCUCUGGCAAAGGAACACAAAGGGAUCGACAGUAUGUGCAAAACAAACACCGUCAUCGACGGACAGCAUCAUCCAAUUGGGCUCGGGAUCGAAUACGAACAUCGCGAUGUUGGCCUCUCAGUGGCACACGCAGUGGCCCGUACGGCCACGCGAGGAAAGUCACAGCAACCUUUUCAGGAUCAGCGUUCCUCAGAUGCCAUACGAGCCGACAGUGCAUGCAGUCGAGGGAGCGAUGCCUGGCUGCUCGGCAAUACCCAAGGAAGCCACCGAACAACGCCAGAGCUUACCAAAGCUUCGCCCAAAUCGCCCCCUGCGCCGGUUCAACAGAGGCCUAGAGACGUGAGCUGGGUCGUCGGCUAUGGGUCAGGAAGAUCGGUAGUACUUGACGCUCUUGAACAGGGGCACGCAUAUCGAGCCCAACGAAGACAGCGUAGAUCGCCCUGGUCGAAUGACGUGGAAGACAAUUUGUCGACCCUUACGCCGUCACCGCCGAAGCCGACGAAAGCUGGACGAAGGAGAGGAGUUACCUCGAGCCCACCCGCGACUCCCACGUCUACGAGCCGAAGCUUUUUUGCAACGCCUCACGGACUGGUGGAAGGUACGCCAUUGAGUCCAUUGACAAAGACCGACGAUCAUACGCUGGCAGAAUCCUCGCAUCCAGCGUCAUCUCCGAAAGCAAACUCCCAAAAUCAGCAAACGGGGACUCCGCAGCUUCAACAGGAACAUCAUUUGCAACAUGCAUCGACCUUGCAGGGGAAGCAUUCUGGAAGUGCUACGUUGAAGUUUUCGCCCUUUUCUUCGCCAUCUUUUUAAUUUUGAAGUAGGGUUCACUUGCUACUCGCCUGUGGCGAGCAAUUGAGACAGGGAGGAAAUGUAUUCUGAAUACUAGUAGUACAAAGGGGCCGUCUUUCUUUCUUUCACAGUCUGAACGUCCACUCGCGCCGGACGUCGGCACCACGAGAAAGAUCUACAAUGUUGUACAGCUUCUACGCCUCUCGCGCUUUUUCGAGACAUUUGCCGAUGACAAUGACG